AUGUCCACCAAACUCGAGAAUUCCCCUAUAGGCGAUGAUGAGAAGCAUGCCGUCGAUCACUUGGAGGCAGGUGAUCCCGCCGUCAUGAACGAGGCUGUCAAUGCAGAAGAGCUCGAGCACUCAAUGGGCGUCUUGGAGGCGGCCAAGGCGUAUCCUAUGGGUUGCUUUUGGGCAUUUGUCAUCUGUUUCUGCAUCAUCAUGGAGUCAUACGAUACCUUCCUUAUCGGCAACUUUGUUGCCUUGCCCUCGUUCACCCAAGCCUAUGGUAUUCCAGUCGUUGAAAAUGGCGUCACGACAUGGGUUCUCGCGACUCGAUGGCAAACCGCCCUUCAACAGGCUGGGCAGAUUGGCGCUUUCAUCGGAAUUUUCAUCUGUGGCCCCUUGACCGACAGAGUUGGCUACCGUUACGCAACUUUGGUCGGCCUCGUGCUCAUGAUCGCCACUAUAUUCAUCUCGUUCUUUGCCAAAUCUUUGCCGAUCUUCCUCGUCGGCCAGCUCCUCGAGGGAAUCCCUUGGGGCUUUUUCAUCGCCAACGCUCCUGCAUACUCUUCCGAGGUGGUUCCUCUGCCCUUACGUGGUAUCGCCACUGCGUUUGUCAUGAUGGGAUGGUCCCUUGGGAACAUGUUCUCCAACGGCAUUGCCUAUCAUUUCAACACGGGUACGGACGAGUGGUCUUACCGCAUACCCUUCGCGAUUCAAUGGGUUUUCCCCGUACCGCUCCUCGUGUUAAUCUUCUUCGCCCCUGAGUCCCCUUGGUGGCUCGUUCGAAAGGGCAGGCAUGAGGAGGCGGUCAGAUCCAUCAAACGUCUUGGCUCUAGCCGUGCCGCACCAGCUGAAGACACAUUGGCCAUGAUCACCCGGACCAUAGAAAUUGAGGAACAUGAGACCUCCAAUGUCAGCUACGCGGAGCUAUUCAAGGGGUCCGACCUUCGUCGAACGCUCAUUGUCUGUGGUGUCUACGCCGCACAGAACUGGGCUGGUAACCUGAUCGCGAACCAGGCCACAUUCUUCUUCCAGCAGGCUGGUCUUGGUUCCGACUUCGCUUUCAAGCUGUCCUUCAUCAACGCCGGUCUUCAAGUGUUCGGUGUGGCCGCAUCAUGGGUGCUAGGUGCAUACAUCGGUCGUCGUAAGCUCUACCUCGCAGGAACCACUUUGAAUGCGCUGUUUGCGCUUCUGCUCGGUGUCCUGGCCACCACCAGCGCGCACACCCAGGGCGGUCAGUAUGGACAAGCUGUUCUCGGUAUCUUCAUCUCGUUUAUCAUGGGGUUGAUCCUUGGUCCUGUGUCGUACACCAUCAUCGCCGAGACUUCAUCCAUCAGACUUCGGGCUCUUACCACUGGUCUCGGACGUGCUGCUUACUACUGCGCCGAAAUUCCGACAAUCUUCCUUUCGUCCUGGAUGCUUAAUCCCACUGGCGGCAAUCUGGCUGGCAAAUGCGGAUAUGUUUGGUUCGGCACUGCGACGGUCUGCCUGGUGGUCGCCUAUUUCCAACUGCCAGAGAUGCGCCACCGAUCUUACCGAGAACUCGACAUCUUGUUCCACCGCCGCACAUCCGCUCGAAAAUUCGCAUCAACCGAUGUGGCCAUGGUCUCGGAUGAGUAA